UUUCUGUUAGGACAACAUGACUGGUUCAUUCCGUCCAAACAUUUGCAAGGACAGCAUCACUGGAAAAUACGACGGCAAUGGAGAACUCCAGCAUUGUUGGAUGGGAAUAUUAUUAUGGCUAUGAAGAUCCAGUCAUUGUGGACGCCAGCAAGUUGAAAUAUAACAGAUAUUCGAUCGUUAUUGCCUUUUGGAUCACUCUGGCUGCCUUCGUGGGAGUCCUCUUCCUCACCUUGAAUCUCAUGUCAAACGGUGGGCGAACAGCGUGGAGACGCAGUCAAAGAAGAAGUCAAAGGAGGCACACGUCAUCCUCUUUAUUAUGA